CUCCUUUAUUUCCUCCCCCAAUUCACUUCCACCCUUGCCCGCCGUCAACCCCCCCCCCCCAAACGGCCUUCUCUUCUUCCUUUCCCUCUCGCUCUCCCCAAACCGGUAUCUAGUGAGGGGUCGAGUCAAUCCGCUAGGGAGAAAGAGAGAGAGAGAGAGAGUGUGUGUGUGAAAGGGUGAGACAGAAAGGCCAUUCCACCCAAGGGACGGAUAUUCUACUGUUAGUGUUCCGACUGCACCCAGGGAGCCAAGCCAGAUUUCAGGCUUGUACCGCACGGUCACCUACACCCCCCAUCCAAGACGUACGAAUCGCAGACGGCCGCCACACCUCCCAUUGAUAACCUCGCGCUUCAUCCCUCCCCACGACGCUUUCAUCGACACCCACGACACCCACAACACCCACGGCACGCACGACACGCACGACCGGCGUCCGGCGGCUGGUGUCCCGUACCCACCUCGUCCACACGUUGCACACAUACAUAGAAUCAUGUCAAACGGCCCACCCCAGUCCAUGUCUGCUCUACACACUCCCCAACGGCAGAACAAGGUCGAUGGGAGCCACGACCCAGUUGCCUCAGACACAACCACCCUCCACAAUGCUGCUGCAGCAGACUUCGACGAAAUCUCCCUCCCCUAUCUUGCAAAUCCUCAGAUCCAGUUCCAGGCACACACGAUAGCUCCCUCGCCGCCCCUGUCAGAAUCUUCCUUUCAACAACUCGAACCUCCCUCAACUGCCGCCGCCGCCGCCGCCGCCGCCGCCCAGAGAUCCGACCCGAGUCCGCUUGCUGAGUCCAACUCACUUCGAAUACAGACCUCCGACUUCCACUCGACUCUACCGACACGCUCCGACACUCACACCAACGCCACCCUCUCUACCCCUCGUCGUCCGAGUACCGGCCUUCAACAUCAGACCUCGUCUUCGAGUCUGAAGCCCAUAUCUCGAACCCCGAGUUUCAAGGCCGCCAUUGUCAACAGCCUGGGGCCUGGCUCAGCCACGAGCUCGUGCAUGCCCAGCCCCAUCCUGUCUGCCAUGAGCGACGUCACCCCGCUGCCCUCACCCUUAAUGUCAGGAGACUCGCCCGGCCCUUGGAAGCGUCUCGGCGUGCGACCGCCCUCGAGGGACCAGAUGCCCAACCCGACCCCCGACUCCGUGCUCGUCUCGGCCACCGGCGAAUCAAUAGCAGCAGCCCUGGCCAACGCCUCGAAGCGCAAGGUCUACGCCGGUCUGGUGGCCGAUGGCGCCGACGGCUCUGGCGCAAAGGGCCCCGCCAGCGGCAAAGCCGAACAUGCGCGGAACCGUAGCAUCAGCGAGUACAUCCCCGACCCGAACUAUGUCCCUAAGCGGCAAAUUACAGUAUCCGGCUCCCAUACCAAGCCAGCCAACGGCCCUGAUUCCGGUAACGAGCCCCACAUGCGCCGCGAGCUGAAUCUUGCCGAGUCAAGGGGUUUGACCCCGGCCAUUGCCCAGCCUCCAACACCCCCGCCGAGCGAGUCCUCCAGAGACUCGACCGACACGACCGCCGGCAACCCCAAGACGGCGAUCCCCGAAUACUUUGAAGCCUACGAUCGCACCGACAGAAAGAGGAGAAGAUGGAGGGCCGUCAAGACUCUAGGCCAGGGAACCUUCAGUCGUGUGAUGCUGGCUACCAGCCAGGUAGACGACGAUGGUGACUCGUUACGGGCUGACAGCCUGACGCCGAUAUCGCAAAUGUCACAGUCCUUCAGAAAGACUCUCGUCGCAGUAAAGGUCUGCGAGCAUGGCCCGCGAGGAGGCGCGAGCGAGGACAGAAUCGAAAUGUCACUCAAGCGCGAACUCGAAAUCAUGCAGAGCAUCAGCCACCCUUCGCUGGUUCAUCUGAAGGCUUGGAACAUCGAGCCGAGCCGUGCCAUCCUGGUACUCAGCCACUGUCCGGGUGGCGACCUCUUCGACGUGGCUACCGGCCACCGCCAGCUCCUCGGGCCGGCCCUGCUGAGACGAAUGUUUGCUGAGCUGGUGGGCGCUGUGAGGUACCUGCAUGAUCGCAGGAUCGUCCAUAGGGACAUAAAGCUUGAGAAUGUGCUCGUCAACUUGACGGCACCCGAGCUGGCGGAUCCUGCGACUGACUGGACGACGUACCCGCACUCGGUCAUCACACUGACCGACCUAGGUCUCUCUCGCCGCAUUGCGGACGACGAAAAGCUUGAGACACGAUGCGGCUCCGAGGAUUAUGCUGCGCCUGAGGUCAUCAUGGGCUUGCCUUACGACGGCCGUGCCACUGAUGCUUGGUCUCUCGGCGUCUUGCUCUAUGCGCUUCUCGAGGCCCGCUUGCCGUUUGACCCCUAUCCCAACACAAUGGACGGCCACCGGAUGCGCAGCCGUACCAGCCACCGCAUCGCACGCGCGGAAUGGCGCUGGAUCGAAUUUGCAGGAGAGGACGGCGAUCACGAAGGCAACGAAGCUAAGUUCAAAGAGCGUGGUUUGCUGGGCGCCAUGGAGAUUACCGAGGGUCUUUUGCAGCGCGCCAGGAGUCGGUGGACUCUGGAGAAGGUGGCCGAGCACGAAUGGGUCAAGGGGGCGAUCCAAGCCGAGGGUGGUCUGCGUUUUCGUGAAGAGGUUGAGGGCGCAGAGGUAUGAUGACAUUGGAGACAUUUCACUCCUUGAUACCCCUGGGCAAACAACGGGAACAGGAUAGGGUUUCUGGUAUGGAAAGGGUCGGUUCUGGUUGUACGAGUAGCGGGACGAACGGUAGGCGGGCAUACGCGACGACAACAAGCCUGCAUUCACACCACGUGCUCUUUUGUUGGUGGCAUUGCUUGUCCCCUUUUUGUUCUUUUUUCUUUUCGUUUUUUAUUCAGUUUCUUUUACCAUGUUCAAAGCGAGGCAACCCAGCUCGCAAGUACAGUUCGGAUGGAGCCUUUACUUCCAGUGUCUUGGGGAACACCAACAAUUCCCUUUAUUCUCUUUUUAUCAUCUUUUUUCUCCUUCUAGCACCUUUCUAGAUUCGAGGCCAUGACCCAAGAAAAAAAAACAUGUUAGAGUUGGGAAGAACUAUGUUUGGGGCCAGCGACGGUGUUUGCACUAUAUAUACAUCCAUAUACAUAUAUAUCAGGCGAAGAAACCUCUUUUUGCUUUGCUUC